AUGGCUUGCCUUCUUCGUUAUCCUUUUGCGUUUAACAAUUAUCAAAUCUUGGUGGCCACGCCUGAUCAAGACUCCUAUAAACAUUCUCCUCCACCUCAAGUUUUCAGACUCAGAAAAGCAAGCAUUAUGAUUCCUUCUCCGUCUUCCCAUCAUGAUGAAUCUAUUGCAGAAGGAGAUUUGUCUUCCCCAUCCUUUGAACAUGAACUUGACCCGAAGCAAGGAUAUAAUAAUAUAUCUUCUUCAGCUGAUUCUGUGCCUGAAAACCCAUCUUCCCCAACUGAUUCAGUACCAAGAAACCAAUCAUCUUUGGUUAAUCAAGAAAAUGAAGAAACCAAGUUGCAAAAUAUUUUGAGCAAAGCAGCAACGGUGACCAAAACAGUUAUAAUAACCACAGUAAAUGCAGCAUGGACAGCACCAAAUUCAAUCUUUGAUCUCUUUCUUGAGGGUUUGAGAAGUGGGAAUCAAACACAAGCUCUCUUGAAUCAUUUAGUUGUUGGAGCUAUGGACCAAAAAGCAUAUUCUCGUUGCUUGGAGUUACACCCGCAUUGUAUUGCACUAACCACGGAGGGGGUUGAUUUUUCUGGUAAGGCAAAUUUUAUGAGCGAAGAUUAUCUAAAGAUAGUGUGGAGAAAGCUUGAGUUUCAACGCACUGUUCUUGAGAUGGGAUACAGCAUCAUUUUCACGGAUGCAGAUAUACUGUGGUUUCGAGAUCCAUUUCAACGAUUUUAUUCAGAUGCAGAUUUCCAAAUUGCAUGCGAUCAUUUUGGGUUCAACUCUACUGACUUGAACAACUCACCAAAUAGUGGUUUCAUCUAUGUUAGAUCAAAUAACAUGACAAUCCAAUUUUAUAAGUUUUGGUGCAAAUCCAGAGAAGCAUAUCCGUCGAAACAUGAUCAGGAUGUGCUUAAUAUGAUCAAAUUUGAUCCUUUCAUCAGCAAGAUUGGGUUGAAAAUCAGAUUUCUGGACACAGCCUAUUUUGGAGGAAUAUGCGAGCCGAGUAAGGAUCUUAACUUAGUUUGCACAAUGCAUGCAAAUUGUUGUACAAGUCUAGAAAGGAAAGCUCAUGAUCUUCAAAUGAUGAUUGAUGACUGGAAAAAAUACACGACAAAGCCAGGGAAUCGUACAGAACCACAUCCUUGGACAAGUGCAAGAUAUUGUUCUAAAUAA